UCAUCAAAACCGUCACAAACCCAUAAUCAUGCCUCUCUCUCUCCUACUGCUCUCCCUAUUCGGUCUCUUAUUCUCCCCAUCAAACUCCCUCUCCCUCUCCUUCCCUCUGACCUCCCAUUCUGUCUCCUCCCAAGAAGCCUCCCUUUCCCUCUCCUCCAAAACCAAAUCCCAUGGGAAGUUCCCCUUCCAGUACUCCAACGCCCUUGUGGUGUCUGUUCCCAUUGGAUCGCCGCCGCAGCAGAUGGACAUGGUCGUAGACACCGGCAGCCAACUGUCCUGGAUUCAAUGCCACGGCAAAGUAAGGAGAAAAUCAGUGAAGUCCAUGAUUAAUGUGUUUGACCCUUAUCUCUCCUCCUCUUUCUCUUUCCUUCCCUGUAACACCACUCUGUGCAGACCCCGAAUUCCCGAUUUUACCCUUCCUACUUCUUGUGACCCAACUCGCCACUGCCACUACUCCUACUUCUACGCGGAUGGGACCCUGGCCGAGGGUAAUCUCGUCACUGAAAAAUUCACCUUCUCCAAUUCCUUAACUACCCGCUCCAUCCUUCUGGGCUGCGCUUUGGCCUCCACCCAAAACAGGGGUAUGUUGGGAAUGAAUAUUGGACGCCUCUCCUUCAUCUCCCAGGCCAAAAUAUCCAAGUUUUCCUAUUGCGUUCCGGAUCGAACCGGGUCGGAUCUAACCGGCUUGUUCUACCUUGGAGACAACCCCAACUCCGCUAAAUUCAAAUACGUCAACAUGUUGACUUUCCCCAAAAGUCGACGCUCCCCGAAUCUUGACAAGUUGGCCUACACCCUCCCGAUGAAGGGGAUAAUAAUAGGCAACAACAAACUUAACAUCUCGCCCGCCGUUUUCAAACCGGACCCAUCUGGGGCCGGUCAGACCAUGAUCGACUCCGGCUCCGAUUUGACGUAUUUGGUAGAUGAGGCCUACAGCAAGGUCAGAGAAGAGAUGGUCAGAUUAGUGGGGCCCAUGAUGAAGAAAGGAUAUGAAUACGCCGCCGUCGCCGACAUGUGUUUUGACGGCGCAGUGGCGGCGACGGUGGGUCGGAGGAUCGGCGACAUGUGGUUCCAGUUUGAGAAUGGGGUGGAGAUAUUGGUCGGGAAAGGGGAAGGGUUAUUGACGGAAGUGGAGAAAGGGGUGAAGUGCGUGGGGAUCGGACGGUCAGAUAGACUUGUGACUGAGAGUAAUAUAAUCGGGAACGUUCAUCAGCAGAAUAUGUGGGUGGAGUACGAUCUGAGCAAUAAGAGAAUUGGGUUUGGUGUUGCUAAGUGUAGUGGAUUGAAGGCAUGAUCAUGGACGGUGGAGAUUCAUACUAUUCUUUUGUGUAUCUAUUUAUAUUACCAAAUUUUGUUAAAAUAAAACAAAAUUUGUUGUAAUAUCAAUACUUAUCAUCGAUCAUUCAUUUCGUUUGGUGAAGUAUAUGACUACGA